GGAACCACUAGAUUUGGAUGACCUGCUGCCAGUGCUGGGCGAAUUUGGACGCUAUCAAAAGUUGUUGCUGUGGUUCAUUUGCCUGCCUGCCUGCAUACCAUGUGGAUUUUGUGCGUUCAAUCAGUUGUUUAUGACCGAUACACCGGACGAUUACUGGUGUCAAGUGCCACAGUUGAGUGAAUUCAAUUUGACCCGUGAACGGAUUCGUGAAUUGGCCAUACCGAGUACUGAGGAAAACGGUGUCACACAGUACAGCAAAUGCUCUCGAUAUGCAAUCGAUUGGCAGAAUGUGUUCAAUAUCUCUGACCCAGAUUCGAUGUGGGACUUGCAACCAAAUGCAUCAUGGCCAACCGAACCAUGCUACAACGGUUGGAUAUACAACAAAACACACGUGACAUCUUCCAUUGUAAUCGAUUUUGAUUUGGUGUGUGAUCAUGAUAUCUAUCCAACAAUUGGAUUAAGUGCACUAAAUGUGGGCGGUCCCAUUGGAGUUUAUUUGUUUGGCAUACUUAAUGAUCGGGCUGGUAGACGAAUCGCGUACUUUGCAUGUUUGGCCACAUUAAUCGCGGGCAGUCUCAUCACAGCGGCCAGUUUCAACUUUUGGAUGUGGUGUUUUAGCCGAGUCAUUGUUGGACUGACGAUACCGGCCGUUUAUCAGAUUCCAUUUAUCAUAGCUCUGGAAUUGGUUGGACCAGAUUAUCGUUCAUUCGUCACAGCAAUGACAUGCAUCUUCUACACAUUUGGCAUAAUGAUGUUGGCCGGUGUAACGUACCUAGUUCCAAAUUGGGUUGAAAUGUGCCUGUACACAUCGGUGCCGUUCAUAUUUUACUUCUUGUACCUGUUCAUCAUGCCAGAGAGUCCACGUUGGCUGUUAGCACAAGGGAAAUUCGAAGAAGCAUUGAACAUAUUGGAAGUUAUGGCUAGAGUCAAUGGCAAUCAAUUGCCGAAUAGCUUCCGUUUGAAAUUACACCAACGUGUCGAAGCGGAUAAAUUACGUGUGAAGGAAAACGUCAAGUCGCUCAACAGUUUUGAUCUAUGCAAAACACCAAAUAUGCGCUUGAAGACACUUUUGAUUACAUUGAAUUGGUUUGCAAACGAAACAGUUUAUCUCGGCCUAAGCUACUAUGGACCAUCGCUUGGUGAUAAUCAGCAUUUGAGCUUCUUUCUCUCAUCGGCAGUGGAAAUUCCAAGCUAUUUAUGCUGUUGGUUCAUCAUGGAUAAAUGGGGCCGACGAUGGCCAAUGUGUUUGUUGAUGAUUUUGAGUGGAAUUUUCUGCAUAAUAACCGUUCUUGUGCCGGAUGAAGCCGUCUUAGAGACGCUAAUCAUAUUUCUGAUAUCGAAAACCAUGAUCUCCGCAUCAUUUCUUAUCAUUUACCCGUUCGCUGGAGAAUUGUACCCGACACAGGUGAGAGGUGUUGGCAUCGGUACAUCGAGUUAUAUUGGUGGCCUUGGAUUGAUCGUGAUACCGUUCAUCAAUUACCUGGGCAAAGAUAAUCUUCGUCUUCCUCUCGUUGUAAUGGGAUUCAUAUCGAUUUUUGGAGGAAUAACCGGCUUGCGUCUACCAGAAACAUUGCAUUAUCGUUUGCCGCAAACGCUUGAAGAAGGGGAAGAGUUUGGCAAAGAUUGGGAUAUAGAGGACUGUUGUCGUUGUAUUCCAAUAAAACCUCAAACAUCCCACAAUGCAUCGUACGAGAACAUAGAUGAUUUGCAACAAGAUCUAGAAUUGCAUACGAUUGGCAGCAUGAUAAUGGAACCGGAUGGAAAUAGUGAAACCGAACGAAUACCAUUGAGUACAAGGCAACGUCGACCAUCAAUGCAUCGUCUAGUUCGACAAGCGAGCACAGUAAACACGCAAAAAGCCGAAGGAGCUAUGAAACUCACAUAUUGGUUCUAAUGAUACAAAACAAACAUCACGUGAAUUUUUGCUUGAAAUAAUCUAUAUUUAAAUGUAACAAGAAUAUAAUAUUGUGUAUAAGGGUUCAUUUUAGGAGUAUUAAGUUUAGAGUUUUAGCUAAUUUAAUAUUUAAGUGCAUCUGUUGUUUUGAACUUAACAAGUAUAUAUAUAUAUAUUCUUAACAUUGUUCAUUCAUUAAAUAAGUCAAUGCGAAUCCAUUGAGAUAUCGAUGAUAAAAAUCACUUCGAUAUAUUCGGAUUGCAUUGCAUCGCCCAGACACAUUCUUUUAGAAAAAUAUAUAUAUGUAUAUUUAUAUUUAAAUGAGAUAGCAAGUGCGCAUUAGAUCGGUUAUAACAAUUUAAAUUCUUAAUCAUAAAUUGUUUGUUGGAGGGGUCGAAGGAGAGAUAUGUUUUCGUUACAUUCAUGAUUCUUCAUUUUUUCUUAACGCAAUGUUUGAUGACAAAAAAAUGCGAUUCAUCUUUGUUUGAUUCCGAAAAUAAUAAGAAAAUUUGAACGAAAAAUAUUUUGGAAUUGACACUCUAGCUAGACACAUUCAUAAGUCUAAGACCAAACCAAAAAACACAUUCACAACGAAAAAUGAAGCAUAUUGUCAUAUUCAUCAUUUUAAAAAAUUAUUCAAUUUUGACAUUUUCGUUUCGAAGUGAUUCUCUCUCUUGGAGAGAACGUAUUUGUGUUCCAAAAUAUGUACGUUAGCUAAAAUAAUUCAAUUUUUUUCGCAUUCAUUAAGCACAACACUUUCGUUGUAACGCAACAUUGUUAACUCUCUAAUCGCAAUGUUCAUGAAAUCAGGGAUGAGAUAGACGAGGAUCAGCUCGAGACAGAGACAGUUUUGAUCGCUAAACAAAUAUUGUAUCAUUUUUAUCUUUCUUUCUGUUGAAAUGCAAUACAGUUUCCUAUUUGAUGCAUCCUCUUCACUUUUCUAUAAAUCUCGUGCAUUACUAAAUGCAAAUCAAUUUCUCUUCUAUAUCAUUUCAUUUGUUAAAAAAAAUAGAAAAAACAUUUGCCUAUCACCAAGAUGCAAUUUAAUGCAAACCUCAAGCUCUAACUCCAGUUGAAAAAGUAUCCACGAAAAAAAGAACUAAAAUAUGUUUGUUAUAGAGAAGGCAAUCGUUAAAAUUCAUUCGGUGUGUUCAAUGAAUGAACACCAGUUCAUCAUCAUUAUUUUUUGUCUCAUCGAUUGAAAAUCGAAUCCAGUUCACAAUCUGGAUACGCAUAGAAAAUUUAUAAAGGUAUAUUCAGAUUGUACAAUUUAUUGUUUGUCCUCUGUUUACACGCAAUGUAUAAAAAUCGUUUUUCGUUCAAUGUGUGUUUUCUUCAUGUUUAUUCGUUUCAUAUAUGAAAAAAUAUCUCAUUCAAAUGGCACUUGUGUUGCUUUUUCAACAUUCGUUACGGUGUGUAUGUAUUUGUGUAAAUCAAACUUGUUCAUUCUUUGAAUUGUUCAAUUCAUUUGUUUUGCUACUGGACACAGAUGUUGUUUUUCUAGUCUAACACCCAUUGAUUUAGGCGGGAUUUAACUGAAAGGUUUAUGGUGAUUUUUAUGUUUAACUUCUGUAAUGUGUUUGAUUAAUUAUGUUUAUUCUCAUAGAAAGGAAAUUAUUUGUAAUAUCCCCAUUAUGUCUUAUGCUUUUAAAAAUAUUGUUGCUCUCUAGUUGGCAAAAGGAAAACAGCAGAGGAAAACAAUAUUCAGGCAACUAGUUUGCAAACACCUACUAUUUCAUGUUCAGAUUAAUUCGCAUUUAGAAUUUGAGUAUAAUAAUAUAUGUUGUGUAUAAAUAAUAUGUAUUUAAUCAAUGGCAAAUAAAUGGUAACUAAAUAAGAGAAAUAAAAGGCA